GAGUCGCAUAUUUAGCAUGUGAUAGCUAAUGAAAAAAAAAAUACAAAAAGGAGAAAGAGAGAAAUUAAAGGGGCAAACGAGUGAAUGAAGGAGAUCAAGUAUGGCGUCUGCUACAGCUCCUCCUCCUGUGGAUCGUCCUGUUCGUGUCUACGCAGAUGGAAUUUAUGAUCUCUUCCACUUCGGCCAUGCCCGUUCUCUCGAGCAAGCUAAGAAAUCAUUUCCGAACACGUACCUUCUAGUUGGAUGCUGUAGCGAUGCAGUGACCCACAAGUACAAAGGAAAAACCGUUAUGACCGAGGAUGAACGUUAUGAAUCUCUUCGUCACUGCAAAUGGGUGGAUGAAGUCAUUCCAGAUGCACCUUGGGUUAUCAAUCAAGAGUUUCUUGACAAGCACAAAAUUGACUAUGUCGCUCAUGAUUCUCUUCCAUAUGCAGAUACCAGUGGUGCAGGAAAUGAUGUUUAUGAAUUUGUUAAGGCUGUUGGAAAAUUUAAGGAAACGAAACGGACUGAAGGGAUAUCUACUUCAGAUGUGAUAAUGAGGAUUGUAAAAGAUUAUAACCAAUAUGUAUUACGAAACUUGGAUCGUGGCUACUCAAGGAAAGAUCUUGGUGUAAGCUAUGUUAAGGAAAAGCGAUUGAGAGUGAAUAGGAGGUUGAAAACCUUACAAGAGAAAGUAAAAGAACAACAAGAAAAGAUUCAAAUUGUUGCAAAGAAUGCUGGUAUGCAUCCUAAUGAAUGGGUGGAAAAUGCUGAUCGUUUGGUUGCUGGAUUUUUAGAGAUGUUUGAAGAAGGUUUUCAUAAGAUGGGGACAGUGAUCAUAGAUCAAAUUCAAGAAAGGUUAAGAGGUCCACAAUCAGCUGCAUUUCAUUUAGAAAGUGGAGAGGGUGAUAAAGAUGAUGAUAAGGAAGAGUAUUAUGAUGAUGAUGAAGAUGAUAGUGAUGAAGAAUAUUUUGAAGAGUAUUUUGGUGAUGAAGAACUCAAUCCCCAUAUUAUUGAAAAGGAUGAGAAGAAAACAUAGUCACACAUUAACAAAUAAAGUUGUUAAUUUGUGGUUCUUGGCAGUAUGUGCAUAUCAAACUGAUUUUAUUUGUUGUUUAUAAAAUUCUAUAGUUUAUCUUGGAUCAUGGUAGGGUCAUAGAAGUGGCCUGGCUACCCAUUUCACAAGUUUGGUCAAACUUUUGAGCACAUACAUGUUAAUAUACAUGAAAAUAGUGUAUAUGGUUGACUAUAGAACUUAAAAAUCUUGUUUAAUUUUUCAUGUUUAGCUUCAUGUAAAAGAUUAUGAGAUGGGGUAAAUAUUCACAUCGUCUCCCUGGCCUUUUUUCCCCUAA